AUUUACAAACUAGAAAAUUAUUGGAACAACCAUUAUAUAAGUUCUCUCACUACCACCUCCCAAAUUUGGCGCCACCUCCUUCUUCUCUCUCUUCCCACUCCCACCAUCUGCACUUUCUCACUCACUCUAACUACAACUCCAACACACAAAACUUGCGAUGGUGGAGGAUUUCCAGAACUCGUUCUCCACCCUUCUCUGCGGGGAAGAUGAAUCCUGUUUCGACCAUUUCAAAGACGAACGCUUCAAUGUCCAUUUCAAUUUCUCUCCCGUCUCCCAAUUUGAUUCUGAAUACAUCCAAAUGUUAAUCCGAAACGAAACCAAAUAUUCAGUAAAAAUCGAAGGAAGCUGGUGGAAGCGCCCGCGACGAGAUGCCGUCAAAUGGAUUCUCGAUAGAAGGGCUCAUUUCGGAUUUCAAUGCCGUACAGCCUAUCUCUCGUUGUUUUACUUGGAUCGAUUCCUUUCUAGAAGAUCAAUAGAUAAGGAGAAACCAUGGGCUAUUCGAUUGCUCUCGAUUGCGUGUCUGUCUUUGGCUGCAAAAAUGGAGGAAUGCGAAGCGCCUUGGCUGUCCGAAUACGAUGCUGAUGAAUACAGUUUCGAUGGAGAGGUGAUUCAGAGAAUGGAGCUGCUAGUGUUGAAUACAUUGGAAUGGAAGAUGAGCGGCAUCACUCCAUUUACUUAUCUAAACUAUUUCGCCACUUUGUUCUGCUUCCAAUUUAGGCUAAAUCGAGCAGUCGAUUUGAUCUUGGCAAUAAUGGCAGAGAUCAACGUGAUGGAUCAUCGGCCUUCUGUUGUUGCUGCUGCAGCAGUUUUAGCAGCUUGCGAUGAUCAUUUGACGAACAAAAUGCUAGAGAUCAAGAUUGAUGCUGUUCCAUCAUGGGGGGCACUCGAAAAAGAGCACACACUCUUGUGUUACAGUCUGCUGCAAGAAAUUGGGAUGUCCAAAUCCAAUGCUUCUCCUCCUGAGUUGGUAUUGAUCACUUCUUCGAGCUCGGGUGAUGAUGAUUCGGUGAAGAGAUCCAGCAGGAAAAGGAGGCUAACAUGCAUCGAUGGUGAUCAAGAUUGCCCUAAGGCUCCUAAACAAUGAUGAAUGCGAUUUUCACCACAUUUUGAGCAGGAUUAAUUGGAUUGAGUUAUGAGUUGGCAUUGAAAACUGAGCUAUGGUUUGAUAUAGUGAUGAUGUUGGAGGCAAUAUAGUGAAAGUUGGAUAUUUUGCAAACAGGACCUUUUAGAGUUUAGCCCACAAAAUGAUGAGUGAGAGCCUAAGAAAAAGGAAAUGUCCAAAGGUUCUUUGGAUGAUCAUUUUUUCUACUAGUGUUUUUGGGUUUUUGCAUUUUUGUCAUAUGAGAAUUGUUGUUUUUUUUGGAAAUGGGAUUCUUCCUUUGGUGCUAGUGACCUACAUCUUGAUGGAGUAGGAGAAUUUGCUUUUGAUGAUGAUUGUAGAGGUUGAAUUUAUUGCUCAAUUAAAUGAUAUCAUAAAUCAAUAUCCAUUCUAAA